GGCAUUUCCGAAGCAGAUUUUAGCUAAGUGCGUCAGUUUAAAAAGAGGGCUGUGGCUGCGGACCCGCUUGUUUCUGAAGAAUCGCUGAAGUGGGAAGUUGGUUUGUUUCUCAUGAGGAGCACAGACAUGAAACGAGUGGGCAUCCUUUAUGUUAUCUUGGCGCUGGUUAUUACUCAAUGCGCCGCCAUCAUAAGAGUGCCGCUGUACAAAACCAGAAGUGCACGCCGUCUCAUGAGCGACAAUGGGAAGACUGUUGAAGAACUUCGGGCUCUGGCCCAAAGUGCUGGAGCUCCGGACAGCGCUCUCUCCCCCAACUUACCCGUGGAGAGACUGACCAACUUCAUGGAUGCCCAAUAUUAUGGUGUUAUCACCAUUGGGACCCCUCCGCAGAACUUCACUGUCCUGUUUGACACCGGCUCCUCCAACCUCUGGGUCCCGUCCAUCCACUGCUCUUUCUUUGAUCUGGCCUGUUGGGUUCAUCAUCGGUACAACUCAAAAAAGUCCAGCACAUAUGUUAAGAACGGCACAGAGUUUGCCAUCCGAUACGGCAGAGGCAGCUUGUCUGGCUUCAUCAGUGAGGACACCGUCUCAGUUGCAGGUCUAGCUGUGCCUGGUCAGCAGUUUGGGGAAGCAGUGAAGCAGCCUGGCAUCACCUUUGUUGUUGCGCGGUUCGAUGGGGUCUUGGGGAUGGGGUAUCCCUCAAUAUCAGUAGCUAAUGUCACCCCUGUGUUCGACACAGCCAUGGCUGCCAAGCUGCUGCCCCAGAACAUUUUCUCUGUCUAUAUCAGCAGGGACCCGAAAGCAGCAGUGGGAGGAGAGUUGGUGCUGGGUGGGACUGACCCACAGUACUACACUGGAGACCUACACUAUGUCAACGUGACAAGGAAGGCCUACUGGCAGAUCGGUAUGAACAGUGUUGAUGUGGGAAACCAAUUGACUCUCUGCAAAGCCAGUUGCCAGGCAAUUGUCGACACGGGGACGUCUCUAAUUGUUGGUCCAGCAGCAGAAAUCCGAGCGCUGAACAAAGCUAUCGGAGCUUUGCCUCUGCUGAUGGGAGAGUACUUGAUUGACUGCAAGAAGAUUCCAACUCUUCCUGUUGUCUCACUCAACAUCGGAGGGAAGACGUUUAACUUGACUGGAGAGGAUUAUGUCAUGAAGGAGUCUCAGUUGGGAAUAUCCAUCUGUCUGUCUGGUUUCAUGGGCAUGGAUAUCCCACCACCUGCCGGGCCCCUCUGGAUCCUGGGAGAUGUAUUCAUAGGGAAGUACUACACUGUGUUUGACAGAAGUGCAGACCGAGUCGGGUUUGCAGCCGCCAAGUAGAAAACAUGAGACGUGUUAGGUUUCAGACUUAAAUGUGAUUUAAAAGAAACAAUAAUAUCAGAGUGAGAAAUGCUAGAAUUGAAGUUUAUUCCACACGCGAACCCUUUUCUAAAGACGCCGCAUCAAUGGCAAAGCAGUGUUGAUGUGCAUUGCUUCCUGUCUUGGGGAUGAUUUGUUUUUGUCCUAUUUGUUGGCACCUCCAUGUGAAACUGCUUUAUAUUGUUUAUCUUAAACAUUUCAUAUUUGUCCUGGCAGAUUUCUCCCUACGGAUUUUAUUUGCACUGCUUGAAACCAAAGUUGUUAAAUUUUCAGCUUUAUCUUAUAGUCAAUUCGUUAUUAUUUUUUUCAUAAGAGCUCCUAAUCAAUGGGGCUGGUUUUGUACUCUGGUUAAAGGAAGUUCUGUUCUCCUGUGGGAGCUUGGCAAAGCUGAUUGAAUAAAAACAUAAAAUUUGA